AUGAAAGACCAAGUAAACGACAGGACUGACCAAUACGGCGGAUCUUUACAAAACCGCUGCCGAUUCGCUCUAGAAAUCGUCGAGGCGAUCGUCAACGAGAUCGGACCGGACCGAGUCGGCAUCCGACUCACCCCGUUCACAGAUUACAUGGAUGCCGGCGAUUCAAAUCCAGAAGCUUUAGGGCUUUACAUGGCGGAAUCUCUGAAUAAAUAUCGGAUUCUUUAUUGCCAUAUGGUGGAACCAAGGUGGAAAGUGGAAGGCGAAAACGUAGAAACACCGCAUAGUCUUGCCCCGAUGAGGAAAGCGUUCAACGGGACGUUUAUUUCGGCCGGCGGGUUUGAGAUGGAAGACGGGAAUACGGCGGUGGCGGAGAAUCGGACGGAUCUUGUUGCUUAUGGUCGUUUGUUUUUGGCGAAUCCGGAUUUGCCGAAACGGUUUGAGCUUAAGGCUCCACUUAAUAAGUACAAUCGGGAGACAUUUUAUACGUCUGAUCCUGUUAUUGGCUAUACUGAUUAUCCGUUUCUCGAGACUAAGCAUUAUGCAGACCAGUGGAGUCAGUUGAGAACCUGCAUUGACAAAGAUGAAUACACUGCCACCAUCCCUACUAGCAAAGGGACGGAUCUGAAUCUGUAUUUAAAUGAAUUUAUGGGCAUUCACGCUAUGAAGGUCUUCGUCGGGCAGUACUCCGGUCACAUUUUUUUCUUUUUGCCUUGUAAUGAAAAAUCCUAUGGCGGCUCUGGAUUUGCGUCUCUGCUAAAUAUGAAAAAACUCUACAAACCUAAUCGGUGCAUCUGGUGGUAUUGCCUAACCAAUGGAGAAGUAGGUGGCUCCUUCCGGUCAAAUCUCUCAAAUCUAUAG